AUGCACCUCCAUUUUACAGUACUACUUCUUCAAUUGUUGGAGUGCGGUAAAAUUGUUGGAGAGCUACCGUCACUCCUUCCAGGGAAGUGUUACAGUUGCUCAUCGGAAAAUAUUCUUAAACGUUGGCCGCAAGAUGAUUCCAAUCACAUACACUAUCUGCGACAAUUACCUUAUUUUGCAAAUGAAUCGUGUGACAGAGUUAAGAAGUCACUUCCGGUGGUAUCGUGUCACCGAAGUGUAUGUGUCAAACUUGUUAUUCUCAGUCCACCCUUUGGUCGUCAAAUUUGCGAGCGUCGUCCAGCAAUAGUUCGUGAUUGCUGGAGUCGAGCCAUGUGGAUGGAUAUAGAUAGAAGUAUAUUCAGGAAAAUAAUUCAGGAAGGCAAUACUAAGAUUCAAUUAAUGGAUACCAAAGUGGAACAUACGAAAGGUUUUCUAUACGCUUGCAACGGAUAUCUUUGUAAUGGUGGUACCACAAAACUUCACUCUAUCGCUUUUAAUACCAUUAUCAUUCUUAUAUUGUUUUUUCCAUUUAUUGUAUAA